GUUUGCUUCCCCCUCCUCCCUCCACUUCGUUCUCCUCUCCUGACCACACUAAGCUGCUGUACUCGGGAACUAGCAGUAACGGUGGCCGGUGGGGGCGGCUAUAUCUUCCUGCCGAGCCCCACAGCCCCCUCGCUCCGUGGAUCUUCUUCCUCCUCGCGCGAGCGCCGCCACUCAUCCCGCUGCCGAGCGCCCGAGCCCACUAGCUCGUCUUCCUCCUCGCUCGAGCGCCUCCACCGCAGAGUCGAGUGCUUCUGGUUCUCCUGCAUUUGCCCUCUUGGUGCCGAUAAUCGAACGAGGAGAAGGCUGGAUCUUGGUGGCAGGAAUCCUCUCGAUUGCAGAGAAGUUGCGGCCUUGCUUCGCGUCCCUUACAAAAUUUGUGUUUUGGUUCAUUACGGCCCUCCCUAGUCCAUACUCCUGGAGCUUGCUUGGUAUUUUGGUGCAAAGAGUUAUAAAGUCAGAAAAAAAAAUAUCCUGAGUUUUAAUCCGGUGGAUUGUCUGAAGAAUUACCUCAUUUGGUGGACAUAAUCAUCAAGAGGCGACCGGAUAUCGUUCGGUGGUUGGGCCUAGCUCUGGUAAUGCUGAGGUUUGAUGGAGGUCGUUGAUAAGACUGCCGAGCCAAAGGGCCCUUCGGUGGCCACUGCUCAGCAGACAAAUAAUUCAGAGCUUCCAUUAUCACUAAUGAUAGAUGCAUCAAGGGAAAGGGAGAGUACACAGCAGUCAGAUGAGAAGGAUCUGUUAGCUGAAGGCGAGGAGAGCUUCCAGAGCGAGGAAUCAUCAGAUGAGGGUGGGCGGAGUUCAUUCUCCGGGGUGAGCCACCCCCCGGAACCAAUUGACGUGGAUCUUAUGAGUACGGUGUAUGUUGCAAUUGACGAGGAUAAGCCCGAGCCACCAGGGUGCUUGAUGCGAGGCCUGUCAGCUAAAGGACAGUCUAUAGAGGACAUUUUUAUCCAUGUCUCUGAUGUAAAACCAAAUGCGGUUGUCGGCGUAGGCAGUGUCAAUGGUUUGGUUGAAGAUGUGUUGUCAGGUGCUGUAGCGGCGCCAUUCCCAGCCACAGUUGUUCCAGAGCCUAUCGAGGUUGUGCCCUCAAUUCAGGCAUUGGAGGAGAAGGAUUGUGUCUCUGGUGCAUCCCUCCCUCCCAGUGGCACUACCAGCUCUCAUAGUAGUAGUGAAAGCACCGGCAUCGUUGCUGCCACAAGCAUCAGGAACAGUUGCACAAGCACAUCUGGAAGUGGACUCAUCACCAGUGAACCCAUGGUAACUGUGGAGAGAACACAAGAUAGCACAAAGGUUAGCCUCCGAGGCAAUUCAAUGGAAAGUGUAAAGAUUAGCAUCAGUCGAGCGAGUGAUAGCAGUGGUGUUAGCGAUGACAGCAACUGGAGUAACAUCACAGGAGCUGCUAGCAAGCCUCACAAGGGAAAUGAUCCUCGAUGGAGAGCCAUUCUUGCUGUCCGAACUCGGAACAAUGUGCUUGGGAUGAGCCAUUUUAGACUGCUCAAGCGUCUUGGAUGUGGCGAUAUUGGCAGUGUGUACCUCUCAGAGCUGAGUGGGACAAGGUGCUACUUCGCAAUGAAAGUAAUGGACAAGGCAUCCUUGGCGAGCAGGAAGAAGUUGAACAGGGCCCAAACUGAAAGGGAGAUUCUCCAGCUUCUGGAUCAUCCAUUCCUUCCUACUCUGUACACACACUUUGAGACCGACAGGUUCUCAUGUUUGGUCAUGGAAUUCUGUCCGGGUGGUGAUCUGCACACACUACGACAGCGGCAGCCACGAAAGCACUUCUCUGAGUAUGCGGCAAGGUUUUAUGCCGCAGAAGUACUCCUAACUCUUGAGUACCUGCACAUGUUGGGGGUUGUCUACCGGGAUCUGAAGCCAGAAAACGUCCUGGUGCGUGACGAUGGACACAUCAUGCUCUCCGACUUUGACCUCUCGCUGCAAUGCGCAGUGUCGCCUACGCUCAUCAGAGCAUCAGCGUCGGACUCUGAUCUCAGAAGAGCAGGCGGUGCGUUCUGCGUGCAGCCUGUUUGCAUGGAACCUUCUUCAGCCUGUAUCCAGCCCGCGUGCUUCAUGCCCAGGAUGUUCGGCCAGAAGAGCAAGAAGCAGGGCAGCAGGAAGAAGAGGUCUGAGCUGGGACAGAGCUUCACCACCCUGCCGGAGCUGGUAGCCGAGCCUACGGCGGCUCGGUCGAUGUCGUUCGUCGGGACCCAUGAGUACCUGGCCCCGGAGAUCAUCAAGGGCGAAGGCCAUGGCAGCGCCGUGGACUGGUGGACCUUCGGCAUCUUCUUGCACGAGCUCCUUUAUGGCAAGACGCCAUUCAAGGGAUCAGGCAACCGUGCGACCCUGUUCAACGUGGUCGGCCAGCAGCUGCGGUUCCCUGAGUCGCCGUCGACGAGCUACGCGAGCAGGGACCUCAUCAGGGGGCUCCUGGUCAAGGAGCCGCAGCAGCGCCUUGGCGUGAAGCGGGGUGCCGCCGAGAUCAAGCAGCAUCCAUUCUUUGAGGGCGUCAACUGGGCGCUCAUCCGGUGCAGCACGCCUCCUGAGGUGCCGAAGCCCAUCGAGGCCGAGCUGCCGGCCAAGUAUGGGAUUGCACAGCCGGUGGCGAGCGGCAGCAAGAGGGAGGCGGCAUGCACCGAGGUGAAGUCCGGCGGCAAAUUCCUCGACUUCGAGUUCUUCUAGUUCUAGAUGGCCACGGCCAUUGCUUCCUUUUUCAGUUUCUAAUUGCUUGCGUGUGGAGUUCCUCCUGGUUCUGAUUCGACCAGUGUUAGAUUUAAAGCGUUAUUUCAGCUUUGCAAGUAUGUAACACUUUCAGAACCAGGGCAAGAGAUUUAUCAGAUUUACCAUU